AUGAGCUUUUAUGGACAGUCCCAAACGGCGCAGAUGUAUAACUGUGGAGCUUUGAGGCCCGGUGUACCACCACCAUCAACCAUGCCGUUGAAGCCGACAGGAUACCCGCCAAGUUAUGGCCAACCACAGACAAGUGGUUACCCUCCUGUUAUGAAUUAUUCGGACGGCUACCAACCGGGUCAUCCUAGCCUGUCCCAACAGCAGCAUGCGUUGUAUCAGCAGCAAAUGUGGGCAUCGCAGCAGGCGCAGAGAUUUCCAAGUCCACAUGUCAGCAUUCCCACCUCCCCUACAGCACCUCCAUUGCCGUUGCCUGCUGGUAUGGCACGUGGACCAGUUCCCUCAUCAGAGAUUAAUGCAGCUCAGCAAGCUUUUGCGGCGAGAAGGCCUUACUUUCAUAUGCAGCAAGGUCCGGGAAGUCAACUUACGGGUUCGCCGUCGUCUGUGACUGCUUCAACUCCGAGACUCAGGUACAACGCGCCUUCGUCAAGUCCUUCCCCAACUCGUCCUUUACCGCAGUCAUUGUACGGCAUUCAGUCAGCUGUAUCACCGCAAGUCCAGCCAUCACGCCCUUUAACGUUUGGGUCAGGCCUUGGUUGUUCUCAUUCUGCUCCAUCUACUUCAUCUGGUAUUGGAGGAAUACAUGCCUCAGUCUGCAAUCUGCAGGCAAAUUCAACUGUCUCUAUGCCUGGCCACGGUUCAAUCCCCAGUGCUGGAUAUCACUUACCAACCAUGACUCAUUUUCCAUCCUCCCAACCUUUACAGUUCCCGCCUGGCAGUGUUGAAGCUACUGUUGUCAACCAGCGUAGAAGGCGGAAGCUAUACGCUAAAGACCUCUCGAGAACUGAACCUCGCCGCUUGACAAUGGCAUUGCGCAGUAGCUUGGAAGCUGAAAUAACAUGGGCUCUGAAUGCAUUGAAUGUUCUUCUUUACGACGAUACGGCACCCCCUGUUCGUUUGAGAGAGUAUCCUGCUUUGCUGAAUGUGCUAGUCGAACAUUUUAAGGCGCAGCUUGCUUUAUUGUUCCCUUCGGUGUUUAAGGUUGGUAAAGAAUCUAAAGUACGAACAGUCGAUGAUGAUCCAGAGCCCAUUUUUGCGUUCGAUGAAAACGACAAGACGGUUAUGAAACACAUCUGGGUCGCACAAAGAUCUUCGAAGACAGAGCCUCGGAAUUUUACGAAAAUAUCGCGUACAGGUAGAGCGGUGGCUACUGUUAAGAGGAAAGAACCAGAAUCGCUCAAAAGGUCAAGGCCAGAUGGUCGGGUUAUUGAUGCGUUAGAUCCUACUUUGUCGCCUGAUUAUUUUGACGAACGGGUCCCUUGGGGCUUACGUGGUGGCACGUCUGCUUUCCUUUUUACAAAGUUCUCGACUGAUCUCGAACUGAAGAACUUGUUGAAGAGAGCUAGAUUUGGCCUUAUUGACUCGAAAGAAAGGACGUCUGGGAGUUUUUGCGAAAAACAAGAGAGCUUGAAGGUGUAUUAUCCUCCUGAAUUUGAUUUCUGGAAUAAGUAUGACGAUGAAGAGAACGUAGUUGAGCUGAAAAGCCUGCGUCAAACGGCUUUAUGUACUCGUAAUGAGUCGCGUAUGUUAAUUGUUCGGCGGUGUUUAUCCAUAUCUAACAUCUUGAGAGGUUUAUCAUUUUUACAAGAGCUUAAUGAUGAACCAAUGUGCAAACAUUCGGGUCUUUUAUUUAUCCUCGGGAGGUUGUUACGGUUGUAUGCUGAGGAACGGCCUAUUUUGAAACCGAAAGCACUACUUGUAAAACAGGAACCGUUGAAGGAUAAUCCCCCAGCUGUUGGUGAGUUAUCCGAAACAACAAAACGGCUUCUUGCGCCUGGCGAUCUUUUGGAACCUGACGAUGAUGAUGUGUUACUGCUCCAAGAAACUGCAAACCAACUCCGGGAGGACGCAUUUGUUAUUCUUACUCACCUUAGUGGCAAGAUUGAUCUCUAUGAUUUUGAGUCAGACGUUUCAUGGCCAAUCUUCGACGGUUUAAUUCAUUGGUGCGUCAGCAAGAGUGCAGAAGCAAAAGAUCCUCUAGCCCCUGGCUGUGUUUCUCCUCGAAAUUAUUGCCUGGAAACUCUUUGCAAAAUGUCUGUAAUAGACCGUAAUGUUGAUUUACUGGUAUCAACAGGACCUUGGCAAAGAAUGGAGAGGUUUAUAAAAAAUAUUGCUGCGUUGCUCGCUAUGAAUGAGGAGAUUCCGUACAGGGAAUUCGCAAUUGUCAUCCUGCAUGCUAUUUGUGCUGCUUCCGAAGCAGCUUGUGUUGUAACAGCACUGGAAACAUCUGGAAUCAGCCAUCUUGUAUCGUUUCUAGAAGCUGGUGAUGCAAGUUUUCAUCAGGUUGCACAGCAACACGGUAUGCUCGCCUUACGUGAAAAUCCAGAACUGGUGGGAACGUCAGUUGGCAUGUUGCGUAAAGCGGCAAUGAUCAUGCUGCAUUUAUCAAGAGUUCCAAUUUGCAGAAAACAAUUUUUUAAACACCAACAAUUGCUUUUGCAGUUUACGAUGUCGCAGCUGAUGGACUCGAAGGUUGGGGCGACGAUUGCAGACGUUUUAUAUGAGAUGCAAAGAGGUGAUAUCGAUGAACGAAGAGAAAAGGAAGAGAGGAAGCAGCUUCGUUUCAAGAUGAGAGAAGCUCUAAUUAACGGUUCCCUUAAGGAGAAAGUGGAAAUGGAAGAAAAGAUAGUUAAAAAAGAAGUUAUUGAAGAUCUUACAAACAAAGAGAAAAGCGAGAGGGACGAAAAUGCCAAAGCUAUUGUUGAAGAAGUUGUCAAGUCAGUGAAUCCGCUUAAAGAAAUAUAUUCACCGCCAGCCAAACGACAACGUCUGGAGAAUGGAACUUUAAACCAUGUAAAUAGAAAUGGAAAUGGAAGUCUUCAAAAACCUUUGGUGAAUGGGGAUGUUUCUUCGCAACCAAUUAAGUCGGUUGUUAAUGCGAUGCCACCACCAUCAAGGAACAGUACCGCUGUUGUAGAAAAUGGAACGGGUACUGCUGCAGCUGGGUCUGUUCAGGCAGUGGCAUAA